GGUCCAGAGGCGGGGACUAGAACUGUUACAUUCUGUGAGUUCUGCAUUGUUUAACACAGAGACAGAUGCACAUACAGGCACAGGGUUAGGAAGGACUUGUCGAUUUCGAGGAAACAGAUAGCAUUUGAAAGCGGACAUGACUUCUCGCAGGUGGUUUCACCCCAACAUCACCGGGAUUGAGGCUGAGCAGCUGCUCUUGACCAGAGGAGUUCACGGGAGCUUCCUUGCCCGGCCAAGCAAAAGUAACCCUGGAGACUUCACUCUCUCUGUGAGACGGAAUGACGAAGUCACACACAUCAAGAUCCAGAACUCGGGAGAUUACUACGACCUGUAUGGAGGGGAGAAGUUUGCUACGCUAGCUGAGCUGGUCCAGUACUACACAGAGCAGCAGGACUUGCUACGGGAGAAGAACGGGGACGUGAUUGAACUGAAGUACCCUCUGAACUGCAAGGACCCAACUUCGGAAAGAUGGUACCAUGGCCACCUUUCAGGGAAAGAUGCCGAGAAGCUGCUGACAGAGAAAGGGAAGCCCGGGAGCUUCCUGGUGCGGGAGAGCCAGAGCAAGCCGGGAGACUUCGUCCUGUCCGUGCUGACGAAUGAGGAGAAGCACGAGAACGUAGACCGCAAAACCAAAGUGACACACGUCAUGAUCCGGUAUCAGCAGGAUGGGAAGUACGAUGUUGGAGGAGGGGAGAGAUUUGACACGCUAACCGACCUGGUGGAGCAUUACAAGAAAAACCCCAUGGUGGAAAAGAGUGGAAUUGUGGUUCAUCUCAAACAGCCAUUUAAUGCCACCAGGAUAAAUGCAGCAAACAUUGAAAACAGAGUGAAGGAGCUGAACAAAGUGGCUGAUCACACUGAGAAACCCAAGCAGGGCUUCUGGGAGGAGUUUGAGAUGCUGCAGCAGCAGGAAUGCAAACUGCUGUACCCCCGGAAAGAAGGACAGAAGCCAGAAAACAAGAGCAAGAACCGAUACAAAAAUAUUCUACCAUUUGAUACCACUCGAGUUGAACUGAGAGAUGCAGACGCAGAUGUCCCAGGCGCAGAAUACAUCAACGCCAACUACAUUCGAAGUGUCCACGAAGACGGGAGACGGCCAGACGAAUGUAAAGUCUACAUUGCAACACAGGGGUGCCUUCAGAACACGGUGAAUGACUUCUGGAACAUGGUCUACCAGGAGAACACCCAUGUUAUCGUCAUGACAACCAAGGAAGUGGAAAGAGGAAGGAAUAAAUGUGUGCGGUACUGGCCUGAUGUGGACUCCCAGAAGGAAUACGGCCUUCUCUGUGUGAGGAACAUGGAGGAGAGGCCAGCCCAGGAUUAUGUGCUGCGAGAGCUGGAGAUUACAUGGCUAGACAGGGAAGAACCUCCCCGGUAUAUUUGGCACUACCAGUACUUGAGCUGGCCGGAUCACGGCGUGCCGAACGAGCCUGGAGGAGUUCUGAGUUUCCUGGACCAGGUGAACCAAGCGCAGCAAAGCAUUCCAGACACUGGGCCUAUUGUAGUGCACUGCAGUGCAGGAAUAGGAAGGACAGGAACCAUAAUUGUAAUAGACAUUCUUGUAGACAUUAUUAGCAGACAAGGGCUAGACUGUGAUAUAGACGUCCCGAAGACGAUCCAGAUGGUGCGAAGGCAGCGCUCCGGGAUGGUGCAGACGGAAGCGCAGUAUAAAUUUAUUUACAUGGCGGUGCAGCAGUAUAUAGACACUGUCCAGAAAAGAUUAGAGGAAGAGCAGAGAAAUAAAACGAAAGAGAGGGAGUAUUCUAACAUCAGGUAUCCACCUACAGAGAACACGAAGCUUUGGCCCCACACUCCCACUUCUAGAACUUCUUCCAUGGUUAACGAGGAUGCAGCGGGAGUGUACGAGAAUUUAAAUAUUAAAAAUCCGAAAGGUCCAGGGAUCAGCAAUACAAGAAGAUAAGGGCGUGGAGAUGGGAAUCUCAGAGUUUGGAAGUUUCUAAAGCAAUGUCAUUUUUGUCUCCGCUGCACUGGCAGAUCCCUCCGUCACAAGCACUGCGAAACGGGAUGCCCACCGGGGGGAGCCCCAAGCCUUGCAGGAACUGACUCUUAAGAUGGGACAGCAAUGAAUCUCACUGAUCGAUGCGAUACCUCUCUCCCUUCAGCUUGCGUUAUACAGCCAGUGCCUCUUCUAAAAGCGCGACCCCAAGGCACUGCAUCCCAGCGAGCAGAAGAGACAGACUCGCAGAAGCUUGAAGCCGAAGAAGCACAUUCGUUUCGUCACCCAGAAUUCUAUGAAGCUCCAUGUUUUAUUAUUUUUAUAAUAUAUAUAUAUAUAUAUGUGUGUGUGUGUGUGUGUGUAAGAUGUAGCAGCUGCACUUCCUUGGAUUUUCCUGCAUACAUCUACUGUAACCAAAGACCUGAGAACUUGAUAAAAGCUCAAAAAAAAACUAUGAGCAUUGACAGAUGCAGAAAUUGCACUUGCUUUAAAAAACAAACAAAUGUUUGAAGAAGUCACUUGUUUUAUUAUUUUUACCCUAUGAUGUGGAUGCCAAUGAAGUCUAUGAAUUGGUUGAUGCUGUCUGCACUGGUGGCUUUGUAGGUAUUGUCUUGUGUUUUCUUUAUUUCUUCUUUAUUAUUAUUAAUAGUGGUGUGUACCUCAUUUUAUUGCAUUUUAAAUCAUUACCUGGAGCGCUGGAACUAACCACAAAUAUAUGGUUAGUGGUAAAAGUUAUAAUUAACAUCCACUGCCAGUACCUGCUAACUAAUGCACAGAGGUUAAGUUCCUCAUUCUUCCUUUUAUAAAUUGCUCUAUUUAUAGGAUCUAAAUACAGGUAGUUUUUAAAUCAAUAUAAGAAGGGACAGAGAAAUCCAUCUCUAUGUGUGUUUGAGUGUAUUAUUGUCUUUUUAAAAGCAAGUCAAAUGUCAGGAAUGGUAAUAUUAUAAUACUUAAAACGGUGGCUAUUUAGAUCCAUUACUGUUUAGAUCAAUGCAAUACACCCACCGGCCCCCAUAUACUCUGUAAAACACAUUCAUGUUACUUUUGAAUUGCGCUCCACCCUCAGCACGGCACACGGUAAUCCUUUGCUUUCAGUUAACACAUUCUGACCUCAUUUUGUCCUGUGGUUUGGUGGUCGCUGUGAAUUUCAGGUGGCCCUUCAAGUCGUCUGGAGACUUAGUCGCACAGAGAUGAUGUGAUGGCUCAAUACCAACACUAAAGUCCAAGGGUGACAGGUCUGGUGAACCACAGGCAACCACAGCCAAUGGUCUGAGAAGGUGUUGUCUAACCAGGUUCUGUUAUACCGUGUCCUACAGUGUGUUUAUUAUGUUUAUGAAAGAGAAAUAAAACCGACCAUGUCACGGGGCUAACAGCAAAACUAUAGGGAUUUUGAAGGACCUCUUAAAUGAAUAUAUUGAGUUAUGUAUCUUUUUUUUGUUUUACAAAACCUGUUGAAAAUGUUAUUCCAUUGUAUAAUAUCCGAUUGCAGGCUUAAGCUAUUAUCCCCCUGCAAAAACAUGUACGAGAUGCAAGCAAAACCCUUUCCAUCACUGAAUUAUAACUGAAGACACUUGAAGCACAUGUAACAUUGUAUUAACUCUGGACCGUGCGUCUUAGUGAAGAUAAAAGCAGCCCGAUAUGUUUAUUUUAUUGGGAAAAUGUUUAUACCUGAACCCGAUUGUACACAAUGUGAACCGGCUACCUUAUUAAAGGAACCAAACCAGUUCUAUAUGCUUAGGAUGUCCUGUGUUUAAAACUAUUGUUGCUAUA